AUGUCCCUGGGAUAUGCUGGCGGCGCGAGCCAGCCAUGCACGAAGAAGUCCCGCUGGCGCAAAGACCGCAUGGUGGACUCGGAGCCGAGCAGGGUUCUGUCGCUCAAGACUAUUUCGGCCGGUAAUCAGGCGGCGGAGCAAGCGUUCCUGGGGCUCCAUGGCCGGAAGUCUAACUUCAACCUCUUGGAGAGUGCUGCAGACAGUGUUUAUUCUUCCGUCCUUGACGGCAAUGCGCACUACUACAAGGCGCUUGUUGCUGAUGCUGGGGACUUCUCCACCUACCAGGCGCUUCUCUCUGAGCUGGAGUACAAGCCUGCCUGGAUGAGUGGCGGCCUCCCGUUGCACAGGCCUACAGCUCUGGGCUCCGAGUCGCAGUUGCGGCAGUCACCGACUUACGAGCGGGUAGUGCGUUUCUUGGCCGGCUACUUCGGCGUCGAGCCGAUCCGGUCGUUAGUUAACCACUACAGAUCGGGGGAGGACUUCACAUCCUUCCAUUCAGACCAGUACUUUUCUGGUGUGAACAUGACCAUCGGCGCUUCCUUCGGGGAGGAGCGCGCGCUGGUUUUUGAGCACCGUGAAACCAAGGAGCAGUUCAGCUUCCCGCAACACAACGGUGAUGUCUUUGCCUUCACGGACUCAGUGAACCGCCUUUUCGUCCAUGGCAUCCCACGAGAGCGUAGAGCACGCUCCACAACAGCCUGUGGCCACACACCGGGGCGCAUCUCCGUAAUUGUUUGGGGGCGCAGAGAUCAGGAGCUUUGGAAGACCCAGGCCCAGACUCUGCCGCUCACUUUGCAGUCCCUCAACGUUCUAGAGUACGAUCCCAGUCAGGACGUGGAGAAGGCCGAGGGCGCGCAGACAGAUCCUGCCACUGUGUUAGGGCGCUGGCAGAAAGAUGAUCCAUCAUCACAUCAAGGUCGUGGGAGGACCCUUGAUGCCGGAGCUGCGCGACCAGGCAGGCUCUGGCCACGAGCCAGCCAGUCUGAAGCCUGA